CAGGCCCUUCCACUAUAUAUUGCGAGCCGUUGACGUCAGCGUUCUCUUCCGCCUGUUUGUCUGCUGUGUGGCAGGCAGUCCGCUCGUCGUUUUCCAGUCCCGUGAGAAGCAUCCACCGACAUCCGCCAAAAUGGUGAACUUCACGGUAGACCAGAUUCGCAACAUCAUGGACAAGAAGGCGAACAUUCGCAAUAUGUCAGUCAUUGCCCAUGUGGACCAUGGCAAGUCCACUCUGACCGACUCUCUUGUAUGUAAAGCUGGAAUCAUCGCAUCAUCUCGUGCGGGUGAAACUCGCUUCACAGAUACCCGUAAAGAUGAACAGGAAAGAUGUAUUACAAUCAAAUCUACAGCAAUUUCCCUCUUCUAUGAACUAUCUGAAAACGAUUUGGCCUUUAUUAAGCAAUGUAAAGAUGGGUCUGGUUUCCUUAUCAACUUGAUUGACUCUCCUGGCCACGUGGACUUUUCAUCUGAAGUUACAGCAGCUCUGCGUGUUACUGACGGUGCCCUUGUUGUGGUGGAUUGUGUGUCUGGUGUAUGUGUGCAGACUGAAACCGUACUCCGUCAAGCAAUUGCCGAAAGAAUCCGCCCGGUCUUGAUGAUGAACAAAAUGGACCGUGCACUUUUGGAACUGCAGCUAGAGCCAGAAGAGCUAUAUCAGACCUUCCAGCGUAUUGUGGAGAACGUAAACGUUAUCAUAUCCACCUAUGGUGAGGGAGAGACAGGACCCAUGGGAAACAUCAUGAUUGAUCCAGUUCAAGGUACUGUUGGCUUUGGUUCUGGACUCCAUGGCUGGGCAUUUACACUCAAACAAUUUGCAGAGAUGUAUGUGCAAAAGUUUGCUGCAAAGGGUGACGGCAAGCUGACCCCAGCUGAACAUGCAAAAAAGGUGGAAGACAUGAUGAAGAAACUUUGGGGAGACAGGUAUUUUGAUCCUGCCAAUGGAAAGUUUAGCAAGGCUGCAUCAAAUGCUGAUGGAAAGAAGUUGCCUAGAACAUUUUGCCAGCUUAUCCUGGACCCAAUCUUCAAGGUUUUUGAUGCCAUCAUGAACUUUAAGAAAGAUGAAACUGCUAAACUUAUCGAGAAACUGGACAUCAAGUUGGACACUGAAGACAAAGAUAAAGAGGGAAAACAACUGUUAAAGGCUGUUAUGAGACGCUGGCUUCCUGCUGGAGAAGCUCUUCUGCAGAUGAUAACCAUCCACCUGCCAUCACCAGUGACAGCUCAGAGGUACCGCUGUGAGCUGCUGUAUGAAGGACCACCUGAUGAUGAAGCCGCUAUGGGCAUUAAAAACUGUGACCCCAAAGGUCCAUUAAUGAUGUACAUCUCAAAAAUGGUGCCCACCACUGAUAAGGGAAGGUUCUAUGCUUUUGGAAGAGUCUUCUCUGGUGUUGUCUCCACUGGCCUCAAAGUCAGAAUUAUGGGACCAAAUUAUACUCCAGGAAAGAAAGAGGACCUUUACCUGAAGCCUAUCCAGAGGACCAUCCUGAUGAUGGGGCGUUAUGUGGAGCCAAUUGAAGAUGUUCCAUGUGGUAACAUUGUGGGUUUGGUUGGUGUGGACCAGUUCCUUGUGAAAACUGGGACAAUCACCACUUUUGAACAUUCACAUAACAUGCGUGUUAUGAAGUUCAGUGUCAGCCCUGUAGUGCGUGUGGCUGUAGAAGCAAGGAACCCUGCUGAUCUUCCAAAACUUGUGGAGGGUCUCAAGCGUCUGGCUAAGUCAGACCCUAUGGUGCAGUGCAUCAUUGAGGAAUCUGGAGAGCAUAUUGUUGCUGGAGCUGGAGAGCUGCAUUUGGAAAUCUGCUUGAAGGAUCUAGAGGAGGACCAUGCCUGCAUUCCAAUUAAGAAAUCUGACCCAGUUGUUUCUUACCGUGAAACUGUGAGUGAGGAGUCAAACCAGGUGUGCCUGUCAAAGUCUCCUAACAAGCAUAACCGUCUGUAUAUGAAGGCCCGUCCAUUCCCUGACGGCCUUGCUGAGGAUAUUGACAAAGGAGAUGUGAGUGCCCGCCAAGAGUUGAAGAUUCGUGCCCGUUACUUGACUGAGAAAUAUGAGUGGGAUGUUACAGAGGCUAGGAAGAUCUGGUGUUUUGGCCCUGACGGUACUGGACCAAACAUCCUGACUGAUGUGACAAAAGGAGUACAAUAUCUUAAUGAAAUAAAAGACAGUGUUGUGGCUGGCUUCCAGUGGGCCACAAAAGAGGGUGUGCUCUGUGACGAGAACUUGAGAGCUGUCCGAUUUGAUGUUCAUGAUGUGACUCUUCAUGCUGAUGCCAUUCAUAGAGGUGGUGGACAAAUCAUUCCUACAGCCCGUCGUUGCCUAUAUGCAUGUGUGUUGACAGCCCAGCCCCGUCUGAUGGAACCAAUCUAUCUUGUGGAGAUUCAGUGCCCUGAGCAGGUAGUUGGUGGCAUUUACGGUGUCUUGAACAGAAAGCGUGGACACGUCUUUGAAGAAUCUCAAGUGGCAGGCACACCAAUGUUUAUAGUGAAAGCCUACCUGCCAGUCAAUGAAUCAUUUGGGUUCACUGCAGAUUUAAGAUCAAACACUGGUGGUCAGGCCUUCCCACAGUGUGUAUUUGAUCAUUGGCAGAUUCUUCCUGGAGAUCCUUUUGACAAUACCAGCAGGCCAAGCCAAAUUGUGGCCGAAACCCGUAAGAGGAAGGGUCUGAAGGAGACUGUUCAAGCUUUGGAUAACUUCUUGGACAAGCUGUGAUUUUCCCAUCUGUUCUCUGCCCAACACCAUGACUGGCUUUGGGAAAUGGACUUUAAACUUCUUGGGUGAUGGCUUUUUUAAAAGAAGCUUACCCUUUACCUUCCUAUUGUACUAAAGUGAGACAUCCCCUUAACAUUCAUCUUGAUGUUUCACUGUAGUUUUGGGAAGACUAUUUAUUAUAUUUUGUGAGCUCUCCUUAUCUUGUAUCUGGGGUAGCUCAUGAAAUUGCAGUCUUCUGAUGGGGUGGUUGGUGCCAGACAAUAAGUUGUAAUACUGCGCAGUCACAGCAUGAAUAUAAACAACGAAUUAGAGCGAAUUAAAGAACGUAUAUUUGAA